CACUGUUGUUGUUCUUGAUGUCAAUAAAGCUUCAGUGGAUUGAAUGGAACCUGUUAAUCCAUCAGAUUAGUGCUGUGUUCACUCUGUUAGCAGAUAUCAGAUUAGCUCUUUGCUGUUAAUCCCUCUGUUCUGCAGCUUCUCCUCCAUCAGUCAACAUGUCGGACCGGAGGAACACAGUCCUGCGUUCAGUGCUGCUGGUCCUGUCAGUGGCGGCGGCGGCGGCAGCCUUCGUGGACGAGCUGGAUGAUACCUUCAUGGAAACGAGAGGAGACGACGACAUCUGGCUCAUCAAAUUUUACGCCCCCUGGUGUUCAUUCUGUAAAGAGCUGGAUCCCGUUUGGCAUCAGAUUGGAUCAGAACUGAAGAGUCUCGGCUCUCCGGUCAACGUCGGCAAAUCAGACGCCACCGCCAGCACCGGUUUGGCCAAAGAGUUCAGGGUCAGAGGUUAUCCAGCCAUCCUCAUGUUGAAGAAAAAUGUGAAAUAUAAUUAUUUAGGACCAAGAACCAAAGAUGGAAUCAUGGAUUUUGCUAAUCGAGUUGGAGGGCCACUGGUUCGAUCUCUGAGCAGUCUGCAGCUCUUCCAGCACGCCAUGAACCGCCAUGACAUCAUGUUUGUUUACGUUGGAGCCACAUCACUGCUGAAGGGAAACUACACGUCAGCAGCAGAAGAGCUGAUUGUUCACACCUACUUCUUCUCUGCUACCAGAGACGUCCUGCCGAAGGCCGUCUCCCUCCCCUCUCUGCCAGCUGUGGUGGUUUUUAAAGAUGGAACCUACUUCACCUUCGACGAGGAACUUGACGGCGACCUGAAGUCAUGGAUCAACAGAGAGCGUUUCCCAAACUACUUGAAGAUCGACAGCUACACUCUGUACGCCAUGGGAGAGUCAGGUAAACUGGUGGUGUUGGUGCUGGUGGAGGAGAAGAGACUGUGUGGCGAAAGUCAGAGGUACAAACGUCUUCUGGAGAAAGUGGCUGCAGACUACAGAGAGACGUACAGCAGGAACUUCCACUUUGGUUUCAUGGAGGGGGGAGACUACAUUAAUGGACUUGUGAUGGGCGAGGUGACCGUGCCCUCCUUCAUUGUGGUUAAUCUGUCCAAUGACGGCUACUUCCUGCCACCGGGCGCCGUGGAGACGGAGCAGCACCUGCUGGACUUCCUGAACGGGGUUCUGGACGGCAGCAUCCAGUGUCAGGGAGGAAACGGCGCCGUUCAGCGCGUCAGACGCCUCGUUUACGACGCCAAAGCCACGCUGACGCCCGUGUUCAGCCAGGCUCCGCUGCUCGGCUGCUUCCUGGUCAGCUUCCCGCUCGCCAUCGUCGCAGUCUUCUGCUUCCUGUGCUGUAAGGCCCGGCCCACCAUGAGGGACGACGCCGCCGCCGCCGACGGGCAGUUAGCCCCGUCGCUGCAGACCCGCAAAAAACUGACCGACAAAAAGUCCGACUGACGAGAAGGACCAGGAGAAAGACCUGAUCCAGACUCAGAUCCAGAAAACGGGACUGUCCGUCACCACGUGGCGUCAUGUCUGAGCUGUGUGAUAAAUAAAGCCGUUUAACGCCU